UAUAUAUAUAUAUAUAUAUAUAUAUAUAUGAAUUUCUGUCUGUCUGUCUGCCUGACCCUAGGUCUGACCCUUAUGCCUGGUUUACAUUGUUCAACUGAAACGAACAUUCCACUUGCUAACUUCUCAAAGAUGUUCAAUUCAAUGGAAUGAUGUGUUUAGACUGAGCAAAUGACUUCAGUGUUCACUUGAAUGCAUCUCAGUGCGGAGCGUAAGUGUUACGCGAGAAUCGUCUUGCGAACCCCUGUACAUUUGUCGGAUUAAAGUAAAUGUGUGUUUGUCUGACUCAGACAGUCUGAGACCUGUCAAGCUCCCGUGUUAUCAAUAACCAAAACAAAAUGAAAACAAGUGAUAGCACGGGCGCAUCGAAACCAACUUUCUGUUUCGAUGUGAAAAUCACUGAAGUUAUUAACCUCAGCGGGCGGAUCGUUUCGGCGCACAGACGCCAGCUCAAGAUCCCAGUGGACUCUCGCCGAAGACGAUCACAGCGCUUAAUUUUUUGUGGAGAGAGUCCCAGCACUUCAGCGCAACUUUGCAGUAGCAACAACAGCAGUUUUGAUAAAGAAAGCGAUGACGAUGCCGACCGUCACGGCAAGAAGCGGAAGAGAGCAGCAGAGGACGAUUCAGAUUCGGACUUCUUCGGCUUUGCGGCCGAUUCCCUCCUGUUCGAAAGAGGCCAGGAAUCCCUGUGGAAUCCUCUAUCUAAUCAGGAUGGCGAGGAACCUGGACAGCCCGAAGACGUUGGUGCCACAGCUAGCCAGGUUGGCGAGGGCGAACCGGUUCCGGAGGGAAAUGUUCGAAUCAGCCAACAAGAAGUGAAUCAUAGGCGUAGUAAGAGAAAAACGAAGAAAAGGAGAAAGGAUGAUUACGAAUAUUAUUAAAUUAUGCAAAGGUUUCGAAUUGUUAAAAAAAUCGAAUUUUUGAACUACAUUUGCACUGUUUAGAUUAGCUUGAAUUUUGUCAAUACGCAAACAUCGAAGAAAAGUUUGCUUUCAGAUUUUUGUCAAAUAGUCAUUCUUUUAAAGUCAAAAUAGAUGCUUAGCAUAUUCUGAGAUUGAUAAUGUUUUACUUAAGCGGAAAGGAGUUGUAAUGGCUAAGCGAAAGAUUGCUAUUCGGUAAAAUAGCAAAACCCAUCCGUUGGGGUUCUCACUGCCUCUAUUGUAUAUACCGAGAGAUGAGCAUUCGGAAGAGCAGGUCUCUUGUACAGAUCGUAUGUGAAAUAAAACAGAACUAGUUUGACUGACCACGUACUCGGACGUUUAUUCUAGUGCUUAUAGAAGAAAGCCUUUUCCCCUAAGUCUAGAUUUCACACUGCCAACCCUGUGGUGCAUCCGAGCACUCCUCGUGAGUACAAUUAUUAUUAAUAGCAUUGGUGUAACCCAGGUACGUUUGACGUUUAUCCCUCAUUCCAAAGGUUCAUUUCCCGCGUGCGGUUCCAUAUCUUUCUUUUAUCCCGAAUUAUACCGUUAUAAAGUUAGCUCGCGUGUUUUAUUUCCCAUGUAAAUCAGAACUGCCGUUUCGCUGAUUCUGCUGUGGUACUCCGCCUGGUCGUAUCGUCGAUAAGCAAUCCGAUUAAAAUGCUUCUCGAGAGCAAUCCGACCAGUACAGGAAGACGUGGUGCACAGCGAGCUAAGUGGGUCGAUCAACUGGAGGACGAAUUACGGACCCUUCGCAGAGUGCGGAACUGAAGACGCACAUCCAUUGACCGAGUAGAAUGGAAACGACUCCUACGUACGGCAGAGGACACUCAGGCCUUAUAAAAUUGAACCUUCAUCAAAUAUUUAUCUGGAUCAAUAAAAAAAAAAAAACAAAAUAAACAGUGGCUUGAAAAUCAAAAUUUGAUGUCUUAACAUCCAUAAAGUGUCCUUGUAUAAUAAAAGGGCGCUGCCUCAGGGUAUAAGUUAGAGUGAUAUCCGUCUGAAAUAAAAUUUUGUCGGUGGGUUCUGGCUCUUCAAAUGAAAUUCCAUAGAACCUUUAGCAGUACGCAAAAGAUGAUUGAUGUAGGUAACGUAGUCAGUUAUUUGACAAAUAUUAAAAUAUGUUCAAGUUAUUAGAUUGGUUUAUUGAAUGUAAUGCUCAAAUUGUA